UUCCCUUUCCUGCUCCCCAAAACAUAAUAUUCCCUUUGUUGCCCCUGCCCAAAGGUAAGUGAGAACCUUCGCCAAAAUCAUAAUGCUCUCUCUCAAAAGUUUCCGACUUUGGAUUAUAAUCCCAUUUCUGCACUAGAAAUUUGCAGCCUUUUUCAUUUGGGGUUUAAGGUUUUUUUGGGGGGGUUUUAGCUAUGAUCCUCUCUGCGCUGUUAACCUCAGUAGGAAUUAAUCUGGGUCUAUGUUUGCUAUUCUUCACUCUCUACUCUAUUCUGAGGAAGCAACCCAGUAACGCCAAGGUUUAUGCACCGCGCUCUGUUGCUGCAAAAGGAGCACCAACUGAAACAAAUGGCUUCGAUUUCGAUAGAUUGUUGCCCACUGCGGGUUGGGUGAAGCGGGCAUGGCAGCCCUCUGAAGAUCAGCUCUUGGCUGCCACCAGUUUGGAUGCCGUGGUGUUUAUGCGCAUUUUCAUCUUCAGUUUGAAGGUGUUUGGGUUUGGUGGGAUUAUUGGGGUUUUUGUUCUUCUGCCAAUAAAUUUUCUGGGCACCCAGCUGGACGUGGAUUUUUCGGAUUUUCCCAACAAGUCUUUGGACUCGUUUAGUAUUUCGAAUGUGGAUGAUGGCUCGAACUGGUUAUGGGUUCAUUUUUGUGCAGCAUAUAUUUUCAGUGCAGUCGUCUGCUAUCUUCUUUACUAUGAGUACAGUUAUAUCUCAUCAAGAAGAAUUGCUCACUUCUAUUCAUCCAAACCUCAGCCUAAUCAGUUCACAGUAUUGGUUCGUGGUAUUCCUGUCCUAUCUGGAAGCAGCUGCAGUGAAACCGUUGAAAAAUUCUUUACAGAAUAUUACUCUUCUACUUAUCUUUCACACUUGUUGGUUCGUCGAACUAGCAAACUCCAACGUCUCACUAGUGAUGCAGACAAGGUAUACAGAACGCUUGCCCGUCUAAAGUCAGAAAAGGAUCCACAGCAAAGAUUCAAGCGUGAUGGGCUUUUUGGACGCAAAGUCGAUGUGUUGGAUCACUAUGGAAAGAAAUUGGAUGAUUUAGACGAUACUGUUAGAUUAGAGCAAUCAUCGUUGGCAGGAAAGGAAGUUUCAGCUGCCUUUGUGUCGUUCAAGUCCCGGCUUGCUGCUGCAAUAGCUGUACACAUUCAACAAGGAACAAAUCCCACAGAGUGGGUCACAGAGAGUGCUCCUGAGCCUCAGGACGUUCAUUGGCCCUUCUUUUCUUCAUCUUUUAUAAAAAGAUGGGUCUUCAAGCUGGUGGUGGUGGUUGCAUGUGCUGCUCUUACGAUUCUAUUCCUCAUUCCAGUUGCAAUCGUGCAAGGCCUCGCUAAUCUUGCACAGUUAGAAACCUGGUUUCCUUUUCUCAAAAGCAUACUGAGUUUAACAGUUGUCAGUCAAGUCAUAACUGGAUAUCUUCCAAGUCUUAUUCUUCAGUUGUUCCUUUCUUUUGUGCCACCCAUCAUGAUAGUGUUGUCAUCCAUGGAAGGAUACGUCUCUUUCAGCCAGAUACAAAAAGGUGCAUGCACGAAGAUGUUGUGGUUUACUAUAUGGAACAUUUUCUUUGCAAAUGUAUUAUCAGGAACAGCUCUCUAUCGAGUCGAUAUCCUUCUUGAGCCCAAAAAGAUUCCUGGGCUACUUGCUGAUGCUGUUCCAGCACAGGCAUCAUUCUUCAUUGCAUAUGUUGUGACAUCUGGAUGGACCAGUGUAUCAUCAGAACUCUUCCGCAUGACCCCCCUGAUUUUCAGUAUGAUAAAAAGACUAUUUUCAGGAAAAGAUAGUGAUGAAUUUGAGGUUCCUUCAAUUUCAUACCACAGUGAAAUUCCUAGAAUUCUAUUUUUUGGAGUCCUUGGAAUAACAUACUUCUUUCUGGCUCCAUUAAUUCUACCUUUCCUUCUGGUUUACUGUUGUAUGGGAUACCUAAUCUACCGCAACCAGCUAUUGAAUGUAUAUGCACCCAAGUAUGAAACUGGUGGAAAAUUUUGGCCUAUAGUGCACAAUUCAACAAUAUUUUCCCUGGUACUUAUGCACAUCAUUGCGAUUGGACUAUUUGGGAUUAAAAAGCUUCCCUUAGCUUCUAGUUUGAUGAUUCCUCUUCCAAUUCUCACUCUUCUUUUCAAUGAGUACUGCCGCAAACGAUUUCUACCGAUAUUCAAAUCAUAUCCUGUUGAGUGUUUGGUAAGGAAAGAUAAAGAAGACCAGAGUGAUCCUUCAAUGGAUGCAUUUUAUGAUAAAUUAAGCACUGCGUAUGAGGAUCCAGUUUUGAUGCCAAUCCGACAUCGAAGAAGCACAGAUGAUCACAACUCUCCACUUCUUCCUGCUGUAGUCUGAACCGAAACUUUAAAAAAGAUGUUGAUACUGAAGCUACACCUGUCUUUGAUAGCACACCUCUUCUGCAAAAAUUCUUGGAACCAUUCCAUCUCUAUCUUAUGGCGACAGGAAUCUCAAUUGAAUUAGACCCUUUCUUUCUUUUUUAUUUUCGUUUUCAAGAAUAAUAAACCUUGACAUAUUUGUCAACCAUACCUAUUUUUAUAUCACAAUUAUUUCCUUCUUUUCUGGGUGUCGUUCCCUGGGGACUAGCAGCCAACAUAUAAUAAUUGAGCAAAUGUGUGAUUCAUGCUGACACGAUGUGGCUCGGUUGUUUGAUUGGAAUUCGUAAGAGAAAGAGACUUUGGCUUAGUUUUCGAUCUCCACGUGGAGCAACAACAAAGGGCUUCUGACAUUUUCUCUUAGGAUCAUCAAAUUCUGGUUGACCCUGACGCAAUCAGAGAUCCCUUUCCAUGCAAACAUCACACUCAGAUUUCAGCAUCAGCUAAAAGUGCAUAAGUCUAGUCUUUGUUUUUCUUCUCCAUAAAAAAAUGCAGAGCAAUGAAGAAAAUGUUCAUAUUGAUGAAGCGUUGUUAUUUCUUGGGCAGACCGUUGUACAUAUUAUAAGUUUUGUGGUUAAAAGUUUAUAAUUUACAUAUCAAUGUUUAAUGGUGAGCUCCAAAGUGGCAAAAGAUUGAUUAAACUCGUGUGAACUGAUAAAGAUUCGGUUCUAGGACUUUUAUUGUUUAUGGCACCGUGCAGCCCCAGAUUUGCUACCCCGUU